CGUCACCGGCCAGCCAGCGGGCGCCAUUUUGAAAGUGGAGUCGCCUGCCCCUGCCGCCGCGGCCGCCGUCGCUGUCGUAGCCGCCGCCGCCGCCGCCACCGCCGCCGCUGCUGCCGCCGCCGCCGCCGCAGGAGAAGGAGCACGAGAGGGGACGCCCCCGAGUGAAAGCCACCAUCCUGCCGUCCGCUUUGCCCGGGCCGCUUCCCUUCCGCCCCGGUCCCCGUCCCCUCCCCCCUCAGGUGCCAUCCGCCUCCAUCCGCGCCCUCGAUCCCCUCAUCCCCAGGUGAGGGGGCUGAGCCCCGGCCGCGGAGACCCCGAGGAGCCCGGCAGGGCCAUCAUUUGCAGCGCGACAUGGCAGGAGCUGGAGGAGGGAAUGAUAUUCAGUGGUGUUUUUCUCAGGUGAAAGGAGCAGUCGAUGAUGAUGUAGCAGAAGCAGAUAUAAUUUCUACAGUAGAGUUUAAUCAUUCUGGAGAAUUACUAGCAACAGGAGAUAAAGGUGGGAGAGUUGUCAUCUUUCAACAAGAGCAGGAGCGCCUUUGACCUGAGGAUCUCAAAGUGCUUUAGAAACACUAAUGAAUUAAUCCUCACAACACCCCCGUGAGAACAAAAUCCAGUCUCAUAGCAGAGGAGAAUACAAUGUUUACAGCACCUUCCAGAGCCAUGAGCCAGAAUUUGACUACUUGAAAAGCUUAGAAAUAGAAGAGAAGAUCAACAAAAUUAGGUGGUUACCCCAGAAAAAUGCUGCCCAGUUUUUAUUGUCUACCAAUGAUAAAACAAUAAAAUUAUGGAAAAUCAGUGAAAGAGACAAAAGACCAGAAGGUUAUAACUUGAAAGAGGAAGAUGGAAGGUAUAGAGAUCCUACUACAGUCACUACCUUACGGGUGCCAGUGUUUAGGCCCAUGGAUCUAAUGGUGGAGGCCAGUCCACGGAGAAUAUUUGCCAAUGCUCAUACCUACCACAUCAACUCAAUUUCUAUCAAUAGUGAUUACGAAACCUACUUAUCAGCGGAUGAUUUGCGGAUUAAUCUCUGGCAUCUGGAAAUUACAGACAGGAGUUUUAAUAUUGUGGAUAUCAAGCCUGCCAAUAUGGAAGAGCUCACAGAGGUGAUUACAGCAGCAGAAUUCCAUCCCAACAGCUGUAACACAUUCGUGUACAGCAGCAGUAAAGGAACUAUUCGGUUAUGUGACAUGAGGGCAUCUGCGCUCUGUGACAGGCAUUCUAAAUUGUUUGAAGAGCCCGAAGAUCCCAGCAACAGGUCAUUUUUUUCUGAAAUCAUCUCCUCUAUUUCUGAUGUAAAAUUCAGCCAUAGUGGUCGCUAUAUGAUGACUAGAGACUAUUUGUCAGUCAAAAUUUGGGACUUGAAUAUGGAAAACAGGCCUGUGGAGACAUACCAGGUACAUGAAUACCUCAGAAGUAAACUUUGUUCGCUGUAUGAAAAUGACUGCAUAUUUGACAAAUUUGAAUGUUGUUGGAAUGGGUCUGACAGUGUUGUCAUGACUGGAUCCUACAAUAAUUUCUUCAGAAUGUUCGACAGGAACACAAAGCGGGAUAUAACUCUAGAAGCAUCACGGGAAAACAAUAAGCCCCGCACGGUUUUGAAGCCACGUAAAGUCUGUGCAAGCGGCAAGCGAAAGAAAGAUGAAAUAAGUGUUGACAGCCUAGACUUCAACAAGAAAAUCCUUCAUACAGCCUGGCACCCCAAGGAGAACAUCAUUGCUGUAGCGACUACAAACAAUCUGUACAUAUUUCAAGACAAAGUGAAUUAGGCUGGCAAUCCUAGCAGAGGAGCCACUUCCUGCUUAGUGAGAUAGUUGAAUCUAGCAUUCAUACCUAUAAGAGAGCGGUCCAUUGUGGCACCCCUUUCCAGUGUUUGACAGUGUGCCAUUCGACAACACAUUUGAUAGCCACAUGGAGAAAGCUGUGUGGAUGCAUCCCGGGCUGUUCUCCAUGUCUGCUAGCCAUUAGGGAAGGGCAGGGCACUUUUAAUUUAAUGACUUCUUGCACCAUCUUGCCUGAUGGACUGGACUGGACUGUGUCAGCAUUGAUGUACUCCACUUUUUAUGCCUUCCAUUGUGAUGACGUCAAACACAGUGAACGCCUUCAGUCAUGCUAUGGGAUUUGUGUAUCCUCAUUACUGUAUCAUUUGUGGGUACACCCCUCCUCUCUUUUUUAAAUUAAAUACAGCUCAUUCUUACUGUGGCUUGUAGCAUUCCUCCUCUCUGACCUCCUGGACUCUUCCCCUCCAUCUCUUACCCUUGCCCUUUCCACCUGGUCUCGGUGGUGGCAUAUUAAAAAAUGGAAGAACGAAAGCACACAAAAUGAGUCAGUUUGGGGUCAGUGGUAAUGGGGGUAUAUGUUGCGAACAAAUGUUUUAAUAACAGUUGGCUGUAAUCACUCCUUGCCAUGUCUGGCACUGAAAAUAAGGAAAAAAAACCUACUACUGAAUAAAAGUGACAAAGAAUGGAGAA